AUGGCUUCGUCUGCACCGGCGACCCCUGACACUCUUGUCACCUUGAAGGUCAACUUCCAGGGCAGCACUCGCCGCUUUAAGCUGCCCCUUCGUGACCUCGGUGCUAGCACACUUGAAGAUAAGAUCCGAGCGAGCCUAUGCAUCGCCCCGGGAGCCCACGCCACCUUUGAGCGGUACUCCGACUCUGCUUCUUCAUAUGUCGUUCUCGACCACAGCAACAUCUCCGUCUGGAAACAGCUCUAUCGUGCGGCCAAGGCGAAGCAAAAGCUCAAGCUCCGAGUAACCCUUAGGGACCUCGACGAGGAGGAUAAGGGCCCCAAGCCCGUCACAGUCGAGGACGAGCCCGAGCCACAGCCUGAAACCGAGAACCACGAUUUUGCUCAGAGCAAGCCCGAGGCUCCUCUGAUCUCCACGGCCCCAUCCGAGGCUGCCGAACCUUCGAAGGCAGCACCAGAGUCUCCUGCGGCACCGGCCUCCGUGUUCCCUACGUUGAGGGACCUGGCAACUUCGGACAUGUCGAAUCUCGACAAGAUUAAGGCUUUGGACCAGCGUCUGGAGAAGGCCAUGAGCCAGUUGCAGUUGGGCAUGGACAAGUUCGAGCAGACUUCUCCGACUCUUCAGACUCAAUCACAGGCCAGCCAGCCUACUGAGCCAGCCACGUCCGUCUACGUCGCGCCCAAGUCGGCCAACUUUGCGGUCUGCUGUAACAACUGUGACCGCACCAUACCCGAUUCUCACUAUCACUGCUCGACGUGCGACAACGGCGAUUUCGACCUUUGCUCGGAAUGUGUCGAGCAAGGUAUCACUUGCUACAGUGCUGAGCAUUGGCUGAUCAAGAGGUUCGUACGGGGUGACUCGAUCCUGGUCAGCACCACCGAGAGGAUCGCACCCAAGCCAAAGGCCAAGGAAGCGGAGCCUGCGUGGGCUCCCUGCGUCCCUGUGCAUGAGCGACCUCUGCCAAGGUUCAGCCACUUCCCUUCCAGAACAUGCAACUCUUGUGUGCAGGAGCUACCAGAUAAGGAGUUCCUACACUGCACUUCUUGCGAGGACUUUGACCUCUGCAAGGCUUGCUUCAAGAGCGAUCAGCACGGCCACCAUCCCAAGCAUGGCUUUACCGCGGCCGUGGAGGGCACGCCUCUGCCUUCAGAUAUUUCCAAGCGUCUUUCCCCUGGCCGCAACCAGCGACAUCAUGCCAUCUGUGACGGCUGCGAGAAGUUUAUCUUCGGAAUUCGUCACAAGUGCCUCGACUGCCCUGACUGGGACUACUGCGCAGACUGCGUUGUGAACGCCGGAUUUAUUCAUCCCAACCACCGCUUUGUCCCCAUCUACGAGCAGUUGGUCGACACUCGCGUGCGCACUGCGACUCGUCCAGUUCACUAUGGCAUCUGCUGCGACGGACCCCUUUGCAACGGCACUCGCAAGGCUUACAUCGUUGGUGAGAGGUACAAGUGCACUGUGUGCCACGACACGGACUUCUGUGCCAGCUGUGAAGCCACUCCGGCCAACACCCACAACAAGACGCACCCUCUCAUCAAGUUCAAGACACCUGUCAGGCGUGUUGAGGUCACCACGAAGGGUGAGGAUGAGAAUGGUCAGAAGAUGCCUGUGAUGGGCGACCGCCUGGUACGCCACCGCAAGUCUACGACCUCUCAGGCAACCGAGACCACCCAAUCCAGCAACAUUGCAGCCAGCUCUGUGCAGACCGUCGUUGAUGUGAAGCCUACUCUCGGAGACGCAGAUUCUCACCUGGAGACGCUGAAGAAGUGGGAGCGCACACACGCCGAACAACGCGAGAACGCACUUUUGCUGGCUCGAGCCCGAAAGGCUGCUGCGGACACUCAGAGGGCCAAGGCAAUGGAGGCUCAGAAGCCUGCCACGCCAGCUCCCAAGCCCUCUCCGGAGAGCCAAGGAAGCAACAGCGACGACGUUGAGAAGCUUGUUGCUGUGUUCGAGCGGGACACCGUUGUUGACGGCACCGUCUUGCCUCAGAACCAUGUCUUCGAGCAGACUUGGGUGCUCCGUAACGCUGGUGAGGUUGCCUGGCCUGCUGGAUGCUCAGUCAAGUUUGUGGGUGGCGACUACAUGGGCCACAUCGACCCCAACCACCCCGCCCGCCUGCAUGAUCUCGUUUCCGCGUCUGAGUCGACUGUCUGCUACAACACGCUGGCACCGGGACAGGAAUUCUCCUUCACCGUUCUCCUCCGAACACCGGCUCGCGAAGGCAAGGUCAUCUCAUACUGGCGUCUGACCACCAGUGACGGUCACAAGUUCGGCCACCGUCUGUGGUGCGACGUGACUGUGGAGGCACCAAAGGCAGUCGAGGAGCCGAAGAAAGAGACCACUACUGUUAUUGAGAAGCAGGUUGAGCCUGUUUCGGAGAGCAGCAGCCAAAUGAUCUUCCCCAAGCUGGAGAAGGAGUCACCCGAGGCGAGCACCCACGAAGACAUCAAGUCUGAGACCGCCGAGGUUGUCGACGAAGAUGCGGAUGACUUUGAGGAUUGCGGUGAUGUCGACGACUGGGCAGAGGAUGACGACGAUGCAUUCUUGACUGAUGAGGAGUACGACAUCCUUGAUGCGUCCGACGAGGAGUACCUCAGCGAUCAACAGAGAAGGGCGCAGAGGAACUGA